GGUGGCGGCGGCGGCGGCGGCUGAAGGGCAACGGCGGCGAUGGGCGCUGUGGGCUGAUUGGUAAAGAUGGAAAGAGGGAGAGGAGGAGGAGGAGGAGGAGGAGGAAGGAACCUGGGAGGCUCUGGCCUGCACAGGAGCAUUUAUUCCCAGUCCCAGCAGCAGUACCAUUACCCGGCCUCCUCCCAGGGGGGCUGCAUGGAGAUCCAGGAGCUGGCCUCCAAGAGGGUGGACAUCCAGAAAAAGCGAUUUUAUCUGGAUGUGAAACAGAGCUCCCGAGGCCGCUUCCUGAAGAUCGCCGAGGUCUGGAUAGGAAGAGGCAGGCAGGACAACAUUAGGAAAAGCAAGCUGACCCUCUCCUUGUCCGUGGCCGCCGAGCUGAAGGACUGUUUGGGGGACUUCAUCGAGCACUAUGCCCACCUGGGCCUGAAAGGCGGCCACGGUCACCGGCACGAGCACAGCAAUGGCAAAGAGCAGCAUCCCCGGAGGCGACAGCAGCACCCGCCGCCUUCGCCUCCGGUGUCUGUCGGCUCCGAAGAGCACCCUCACAGCGUCCUCAAAACGGAGUACAUCGAGAGGGACAACAGAAAGUAUUACCUGGACCUGAAGGAGAAUCAGCGAGGGCGCUUCUUGCGGAUUAGACAAACCAUGAGUAGGGGACCUGGCAUGAUGGGUUAUUUUGGCCACAGCUUGGGACAGGAGCAGACAAUCGUCCUUCCGGCGCAAGGGAUGAUUGAGUUCAGGGAUGCUUUGGUCCAGCUGAUCGAAGAAUACGGCGAGGGGGACAUAGAGGAUCGCCGGGGGGGAGGCGAUGAGCCCCCGGAGCUCCCCGAGGGCACCUCCUUCCGAGUGGACAACAAGCGCUUCUACUUCGACGUGGGAUCCAACAGGUACGGCAUUUUCCUGAAGGAGACACCCUCUAAAGUAGGGAUAACCUCCCUAAACGUCCUUAUCCCUUUUUAGACAACCCACAGCCUCACAAGGUUUCAACAGCAGCCCACGGUUUCUGAAAGCUUCUCGCCAUUUCCAGGAUGAUCCGAGAACGGGAAGGGACUCCAACUCCAAACCUGGCAAAGAUGCAGUCGCUUUUGCUGGCUAAUAACAGAGAAGAUGUCACCCCCAAAGUAUUUCUGCAAGCCCCCUGAAAGAAGAACAGAAAGUUAGAGGAGCAAGCUCUUGUGACAUGAGCCGAGAGGUAAGAGUGAGGACUGAGCCACGGCUUGGACUUUGCAGGCUGUUUUGGAGAGCACGGCGGCUCUCUGGGGUGGACUGGUCUAUCACCUCCGUUGUUUGUCUCUGAACCUCCUCCUGAGAUGGGCUUUGAAGUGCCCUCCUGCGGAGACAUGCAGCCUUCUCAGCCCCUCUGUGCCACAGGAGGAGAAAGAGAAAGCACCAACUGGAGGAUCCUCUUUACUUCCUCACCUUCUCAGGCUCUCCAUGUAGUGAAGUUCAUCCUCCUCCUCCAUGCUGCAGCCCUCGAGCUGUUGCAAUAAGCCCUAGAGCUGCUCUCUCUGGUUGUUCAAAACCUAUGCCGACCUCUUCCUCUUGGCGAGGCUGAAGAUGCUGAGCAAAAGAGAACAAGCAAGAGGCUAAGACAUGGGUGUUUUUCACUUGCCUCAGCCUAAACGCCAGCCUCCUCCAGACCUUCAAGCCUUCCAAGAACUUCCCACCUUUCUAGCCAAGCAUUUUGUUUUCUAGAAGAAGAAAAAUUGGUAGUUUUGUGCUAGCAAUAGCUGGAGUCCUCUUUUACUAGUGAAGGCAUUUUCUCCCUCUCCUUUGAAUUUUGUAUGAGUGCAGAAACUAAUGUGAAAUAAGAGUUGUAAUAUCGGGAAGGGGGAGAUCAGAACAGAGCGUUCCUCUGGAUAGGGUUUGAUGCAAUUUGAAGCUGCUUGUAGAAGAUUGGCUGGAAGGUAAAAUGAUUUGGGCUAAAAAAGCUGAUUCUGUUAAUGUUAGUGAUUCUUUAGUAGGUGGUCCAAAAUAGCUUUGUCAUGACCUCUGACCUCUAGGAAAGAUAACCGUAUUUUUGAUCUUAGAUUGAAGGUGCAAUUCAUACUGGAAGAAACUUACGUUCUUUCGAAACCAUCGCAGGAUGGCGUUUACUGUUGAAAACAUUGCGUGGAAACUUAAAGAAAACAAACCAAAAAUCACACAUCUGAAUCAACACCAGGUGAGCGUUUGCAGAGCAUUGUCGGUGAGCUAGCCAACCACGCUGAAUUCAGGUUAUGUACGAGUUGUAAUCCACCUUUCUGCGUUCAUGGCGACACAAGAUUUCCGAUAAACACCUGUGUACCGCAACAAGAGGCUGCAAUUAGAUGAGCAAGGAGCUCCUGUAUUUGCAGCAUCCUGCUUUGCACUUAGGCUCGAUCCAUUGACUGUAGAGGUAUCAUCCCCCCCGCAGAGAAAGCGGUCCCCUCCGAUCUUCCCGUGUUGUGUCGGUGCUGCGGUGCCCGUGCAAGGUGGUAGAAGCUGAGGUGGGUGUUGAGUUGGAGGGGUGCGUUUCAAGGGCAGCACUUGGUCACCAGCUGUUGUCUAGGAUGCUGUGGCUUUUUGUACAGCAGAAAAAAAAUGAUUUGUGGUUGAAUUUCAAGUUUGGGGACUGUUUUCUGCCAAGCAGCCCCCCCCCCCCACCGUUUCCACUGUAUGUUAUUCUCUUUUUCUUUCCACUGGUCCUGUUACGCACCACUCAACAGCUGCUGCAUUUAAUCCCAGAAGCUGUAGUUGGUAGCGAGCAAAGUGAUCUCCAUAUAACCUCUAUCUUACUCAUAAGUGUGCAUUAUGAAGCUUAACCGAUGGUAAUAAAAUGUUUUGCUUUCAACAUGUGGUCCCUGUAGUCCAAUGUUCCCGUCUUUAGGCACCGUCAUUACAGCAAGGCGAUGUAUUGGAGUUAUUCUGCUGCCCCCCAAGAACGUGUCUCGUAAUGCUGGAUACAGGCAUCAUCGACGUCUAGCAACGCGUGUGGAUACAUAGCGAGGAGAGAUGGAGAACACCGAGCAGAGCCCGUGCUGCAAUACCAAGUUGGUGGUACUGGUUGUGGCAUCCCCAGGUAGACACAGCAGCUGCGGUCGUGAGGUCCCUGUGAAUAAAUUUGUCACGUACACGUUGCUCCCCUUGACGUGUUUGCUCUUUGAUGAAGACCGUUUCUUGAUGGUCGAGGAAAAACUGCUGCAAUGGGAGGACUUGCCGAGGCGCUUGGUGUCUUGCCUGGCUGUGACCCAAAGGUGUAGGUUCACGUCUCCAUGAGAUAGUCGCGCAGUGCAAUCUUGUGUUAGAGCCUCUUCGGGCACUACGGUGGUAUGUGGGGGGACAGAAACAGGUUGCAUGCCUCCUAUUUGGGGUCCUUUUCAUCCCUUUCACAACUGCUCUGCAGGUUCAUGGUUUUACACAUUGUUUUUUUCUUUCCUGCAUACAAAAAAGGGCAUUUUUAUGUCAUCCUGCAUGAUGGAUAUUUUUGUGCGAGGGGGGAAAAGGUGCUUCUCGUCCACGUUUAAGUAAUUAUACAAAAUGCAGAAAGUCUGCAUUUGGAAUUUCAUUUUGGUUUACACAUCAUUGAUGCUUUUAUUGAAAGCAUUUUUUCACAUGUAAGUCAUGCAAAGGUCAUGUGAUUUUCCUUCUCUAAACCGAAAGCAUGAACUUCAAAGCAGGGAUCUCCAAGCAUCAUUUCUGUGGUACGGUGGGUUGCAUUAGCCCUACAGCUGGUAUUUGUUGAACAGGAUGCCGUUUCCCAUACUUGAAGUUUAUAGCGUUUAGUUUCAAAGCGGAAUUUCCCAGGCAGAGCACCCCCAGAAUGGUAGCAGUAUGUACCUAAAUAUAUAGCUUUUUCAGGCAACGAUAACACAGCCUUUUCCUGGAGAUUGCCAUUUUGUAAAUAAGCUUCUUCUUGAGCAGCGUGGCUAGGACUACAAAAGAUGGAUGAUUAUUUCUUCCCGGAAUCGGUCUUCCGCUGCAGGAUCUGUUUUUUGUUGCGAUAAUUAGCAUAGAAUUAAAAAUGGCCCUGCAUCUUCAGUUCGCAUUAUGCCUCUGAUACCGAGCGAUCUGGGAUCGCAUUUUACUUGGCAAUAGGCUUUGUCUGGGAAUCACUUUAUUCACCGCUGAAAAUCAGCAUUUAAUUGUGGUGCACAGAUAUCUGUAGGCUUCGACGCAGCAAAAGCCUCCGCCUCCAAAAAUAAAACAUUGCUUCUAAUAAACUUUCAAAUGAGGUGUUUUUUGGAGACUGGAAAAGUUGCCAAGAAUAUUUAGAUGAAAAACUAGCAUGCUGGCUGAAGCGGGAUUUUACAAAUGCCUUUAAAAUCCACAGCUCAGGCUGAAGGUAAGGUCACAGGCUAGCACACAGCCUUUUCUCCCAGAAAACCUGUAAUAGCUUUUCUUUUUUAAAAUUUAACAGGGUUGCCAGUCCAGGUGGAGGCAAAAUUGCAGGGAGUCUCAGACGUGGCCAAUGGUGUGUCCUUAGGACAAACUAAGGCAGCAAAAAUACAACAUGAUGUGAAAACUUCCUGGUGAGAACAGUGCAGGAAAUUACUGAGCAAUUUGACGCAGUGUCCUAGCAUUAGAUUUAUUAUCCACUUCCAAAUCAUCUGCCAAACGUCCUUACAAUCGGAAGACAGGAAAGAACAUGUUAUAAAAAGACGUGGAAAAUGAGCAGUUUUGGUAUGGGAGUUUUCGCGCUAUAUGUAAGUUUUCGAUACAUACAAUGUUUGGGUUUGGUCUCAAUGUUGAGGUCAACGGUACUUAAACCAAAUGUUAUCCCAGCACCUACGUGUAGGAAAUGAUGAUAUAUGCCAGUCUCACAAGAUCAGGCUUCAAUACGGUCCUGCAAGAUGCUCCUUUGCCCAGCAUAAAAUGCUCAACAAUGGCUUUUAAUCCUGCAAGACUCCACCAUCAUUUAUGAUAAAGCCGUGGUGUGCCAGCGGGCACACUUCUCCCCCGUAGCGCUUGCUCUCCUUCGCUGAUGGACUUGUUCCUCGCCUGGGUGGCAGGGUCGUAGCCACGUACACGCGCUUGUGUGCUUUCCCCAGACCUUGCUGGCUUUGGCAACCAGACUGGAUAUGUACCAUUUCAGCAGUUUUCUUGUUAUCUGGAUUGUGGACUGAGAUGGUUACGUUUCCCCGCCGUACACCUGCAGAAAUCGCAAGCCCAGCUCGCUGCGGGGCACCACCAGUCUCGCGCUGCCCUUCCCCAGCUCCCACAUCUUUUCCAGGCUCCAUUCUUUCCGGUUGUAUGUCUGCAAAGGUGGAUCUACAUCUAUAGCCCCUGGAAGCGGAACCUUGCUUUUUCCUUGUUUAAAUACAGGUCUUUGUGGCAGUAGUGGAAAUAAGCGACCUGGGUUUGUAACUCUUUUUUUUUCCCCUGGGGUAUCAGUGUUAUCUGCUUCUGAAAAACCGUCUCCCUAGUGCUUGCUCUCUGAUUAGGAAAAUGUCUGCAGCUGUACAUGAAGCAUACCCAACAUACCCUGCCAACUCCAGCAAGUCAAUAGUUUUGUUUUAAAAAGAGCUUUCUCCACAUAAAAGAUUCGUACCCAUCUCAGACGCACCAGAUGCUGGACAGCCAGAUGUUGCCUUGUACAACACCUGGGAGAGUUGACGGCGAUGCCUGCGGGGCCGGGGGAGCCGCUUAGGCUAUUCAAUGACUUUUUUUUUGGAGUGCCUACUGAAACAUAGUGAGAAUUGAAGGUCUGGUUUCCCCUUUGUCAUUUGCCACUUCUGUUUUGGGAGGAAACACCCUGUUUUUGCAAGCGCUGAGCUGCUGAGAUAAGGGGACGAAGGGCACUGCUGGAGCAUGUCCCAGCUUGCAAGGAGCCGCUUCCAGCUCAGGGUGAGGACUGGGACCAACACAGACCUUAGCGGGGAGAUUUUCUGCACCCUGUUUCCAGUGAGCGGAGUCGUUGCUUUUCCAGCACGAGUAUAAAGGUAGGGUUGGGCUUGCAGCUCGACGCAAGGGAACAAAAAAGCAGAUGUCAGCAAUUGGAAGAGGUGAUGGGGCAGUCAGUGGGAAGCGCGUGUUUUAAAGAGAGAAAGGGGAAGUGCCUGACGUCCAUCGGGAUGAAUCCUCCUUUUCCAGUCUCUUUCCAGGAGCGUGCUGAUCCAAAGUCCUUCUCUGGAGCGUUUUCCUUCACGAAAAUGAAGACGGGACAUUAGGAACGUCAGUGUUUACUAGACCACCUUCAUUGUCUUGUUCUUGCAUUAAUUGUCCUUUGACUGGUAGGGUGGUUAAGAGAAAAAAAAACAGCUUAAUGCAUAGUCAGAAAGCUAAAAAAAAAAAAGCAAACCACAAAUAAAUAGGUAAAUAGGCUAACUGUAUGAUAGCGUGUAAAAGGAGGCAGUCUGCGGUGCGACUCCUCUGUAAAGUGCAUGAUAAGCAUUGGCGAAGCUUGUUGCAGACACUGGGCAGGCUUUCCAGGGUUGCUUUUGCUAGACUUUGAGUAUCAUAGUUGCAAAGACUCGUAAAUGUUCCGAGAGACUCUUGGUUUUGGGGUGGGGUUUUUUUUCGUAAGCUGUGACCAGUUGCUUUCUGAAUGGGUUUGUAGUGAUGGAGUUAAUGGAGCUGUUCUUUAUCGUAACCUAAAAGGUGUCAGUCGUUUGCUCGUAUGUGUCCACAAGCUGAGCCGUAGCAUUAUGCAUCUCUCCGCAAUGGUGUGAUUUGAAGCACUUUUGGUGUGGCAUGUGCAGUUGCAGUGCUGUCUGUUUUUAAUUUCACCCCUAGCUAUCCCCCGCAUUCUGGCUGUGUUUCGGACACUGAACCAAACCGACUUUGAAACUAGCACUUUAAGUACUAGUAGUCACUUUGCUUCUGACUAUAUUGAGCACUGCACUUUUGUAAGUACUACUAGCACUGAGUUUUGAACUGUUUAUUUUCCCCAGUCUAUUUAGCCUCUUAGGCGCGGUGUUAAUUACUUAGGGGCCAUCAGAAGAUAAUUUUGAGGUGUACGUGACCACUGUCUGGUGCCUGACUUCCAUUACAUAUGCAUUAGCGAUUUUAUAAAUUAGGGAACUAAACCCAUCCGAGCUUAUUUGACACAACAGGACGAACAUCUAAAUCCCUGACGUCCAGGCAGACGUGGUUGUUGUAAACUUUGAGGUCAUCCGGAGACCCAAGCGCAUGGCUUUUAAAAACACCAAAGAUACAGGAGAAGUCUCAAAAGGGAUCGGGAUGGUGCAAGAACGUCUAAUUUACACUUGGAAUUGAGCGGACCGCAGGAUGCAAAGCAGACCCGGAGUGAGAAGCGUAGGGCAAGACGCUCUUGGUUGUGGUACGAGACCCCGGUCUGCGUUAGUAGGGUGAGUCCAUGGGACAGCGAAGUUAAAACCAGUCUAAGAUGCUGGUAUCACUAAAGACUGCGCUCAAGCCAUUGCAAUAAAAGCCAUCAUUGUGCCUGUACUGAAAGUGCUGUUAAGAUUGAUUGUGGGCUUAAACUACAAAAGGUAUUUUUAAGUCAAGAAACUUACAGAUAAUUUAGAAGAUGGAGCAUAAUAACCGUGGGGUUUGCAGUUGAAUUUGAAAAGCGGUGUUAGGAGUUGAUCACAUCUCGUGUUAGGAGGCAGUUCACAUGUGCAUCGCUAUUCUUGUUAAAUUCCUGUGGUAUUUCAGGAUGGAUGGUCAGGGACCAGAACUCCCUUCCAGCAAGAAAUCAGUAGGGUAGAGUUUGUAGUAAACAUAGUCAUAAAUCUCUCGGAUUUGAAAUGGGAUGAUUAUCCCUGGGAUGCAGAAUAAUCCGGGGUUUGAUGUCCCAAACCAUCCACUCUCAACCAACUGAUGGUGUUUUGCUUCUUUAAAAGCCCUCGUGGGUUUUCCAUAGCAGCAAAUAAAUCACAGUGGUCGCGAGAGUGCUGCGUUUCCUUCACGCUGGGGUACCCACACUUGGGACUCCUGCUCAUCCUUGUUGACGAGCCAAUAGUUGAUCCAAGUCCUUCUCUGGCGAUACUCCUUGACGGGAGUUUCUCCCCGGCGAUACUUGAUGGAUAAACCCCGCCGUUACAGCAUGAUCAGUUUGAAUGGAGAGAAGCGAAUUAGUUCUUCUCCUUCACUGCUAGCAAGCGGACAUGAUGAAAAUAACCUUCAGCAACAAAAAAAAUAGGUGUAUUGGGUUUGCUUGUUGCAGCAGAUGGAAGUAUUUUUCUUGACCAGCUCCAGUUUUGGUGGCUGGUUUUGCUUGGGUUCAAUUCAAGCUUCCUUCUUCGAUAGACCUUCAUGGGUUUGGGUAUUCAGUGGGAGUUGAAGGUGGUUAAAAAACACAGACCUCGAGCAGCCCAAAGUAUUAUGCUCUUAUGUCCUCUAUUGUUGGAUUUAAAAAUGGAAAUGUAAAUAGAAUCCAAAUUUUUCUUUUUUUUUUUUUCUUUCUCCCCCCAGCCAAAUUAACCCUGCAAACCUAGCUUUAAAGAAAUAGCCCCUGGUGAUGUUGCUGCUAUAUCUGAGCCCCUCAAAAUGAUAGCAGCAGAGGGGACGGUCUCUUCAGAAAGUACCUCGGUGACUGAGAGUUUACAUCCCGCUCACUGUCACGAGGACAUAGGUGAACGCUUUGGAAAAUUCAACCCCCCAGCGAGCUCACUUGAGUUCUUGGAAAUUAAGCUUGCAAGAAAGGGGGACGUGGAGCAGGUCUUUUGUUUGUUUGUUUGUUUUUUUUCCCCCACAGGUGUAGUUUUUUGCCCCUUAGAGUUGGCAUCUCGUCCUUCGGGAGGGUAAAAGUAAGCGUUUUCUCCUGCGUGGCACAUGUGAGGCCCGAAUGCAAAGCCUAGCACAGCACCUCUCACUUUGGAAGGACCUUUUAGAUGGAAAAAAGCUCUUGUAGGGAUUUUUUAGUUCUUUGGGCUUUAAGAUGGCUCAUGGGAAGCGCAUCGUAACGACACACAGGCAAUGUUUUACCGACCUUUUCUUUUUCUCCAAGAAAGACUUUUUAAUUUGCUUCAAUAGUUUAGAGUUUGUUUCCUUCAAAGUCUUUUUGGACCCAUGCAAAUGCCCUUGAAAUGAGUCAAGUUUAUCAAAACAAAUUGUGCAUUGCAGGAAGCAGUCUCAAAAUGCGCACAGACCCAUGCACCUAUCCACGUGUACGUGCAUGUGUGUAUGUGUGUGUUUACAUAGAGAUAGAUAUAUUAUUUCCCCAACCAUUCCUUUUUUUUGGGGGGUUGGUUUGUUUUUUGGGUUUGUUUUCCCCCACCCCCCAAGAUAUUAACCAAAAGGUGUUUUAAAGUCAUGGCAUGAAAACUCCUAAAUGUAAAUCUGAGUACCUUGUGAUGCUAAUUAAGAGGUUUUUCUGAAACUUUAUGUGAUGCUUACUAUUUUUCUUAGGAAGUUUUGUUUAAUGUUAGAUCAUUGUUCUGGAGGAUGUUGGUCCUACUGGCAUUAAACUAAUGGAAAUAAAAUGCAUGUGUUACAAGUGUAGAAACGGUGAAGAAUUAAGUGUGAACUUACUGUACGAUACCGAUUCUGUUUUCAAACAAUCUGUUUUGCUGUUCAAUAGUUGACAUAUGGAAAUGCCAAUGUACUGUAAUUUAGCACUUUUCUAAUGGACCCUGUUCUCACUACACCCGAGGGAAGAAGUGGGUUUGGCGUGGGGCCGUCCGAACUCAACCUCUGAACCUUUUCUGUGUGUUUCGGCACCAGAAUUGGCCAGGGGGAAACUCCAAUUUGAGGUUUUCUCAUCGGUUCGGUGGCCGGUGUGGGGCGGAGGGGCGGUGGCUCUCCAUUUCCCUGGCCAAAUCAGGACAAUUUGGGUGAAGACCUCGCUGCAGGAGAUGGACCGGCAGCAUCCCAGUCCAGCACCACAUCCCCCCAGGAGCCAGGCUGGGGACGGGCUGUCUGAGCUGGGGUGGAACAGACAUGCAUCUGAAAAGCAGCUGAAGCAAUCUGCAGACCCUGAAAUGAAAAGGCAGAAGGGUUAAACUACCAGCCACCUCCCUCCGGCCCAAAGCCUCCUUUCCUAGUGUUAACAGGGUGCAAAGUGUUACUUGUCAUGUACUGUACUGAAAGGGUUAAUUGAUCAGUGACUGUAUUGUACUGUAUGAAAACUCAUGAAUUGCCUUGUAUUGUUUCUAAUGGACUGUACCAUGUCCCCCCACCGCCCAUUCCCAACCUGUCCCCAGGUUUUCCAAAUGACGCAUGUUAUCAGUUAGGUCCUCCAAACUCUCUGGUGCUAACUCUUCUGUAUCCGAUGGUGCUUCUGUGGAUGCUAACUGACGACAUGCCGAUCCAGAGCUUGAAGUUCACAACGUCUUUAUUGUCUGUUUGUAUGAAGUCGACACACACACGCACGCUCACGAAAGAAAAAAAAAAAAGAUAAACUUGAAUUUGUUUCAGAGCAUCAUUGACAAUCUAAUGUUUUCUAUGUCUGCUUUUAUUUGGGAUGGCUUUUCUAGAAAGCAGCGCGCCAGCACCUUCGCGCCAGGAGGGGAUUUCGUCCCGUUCACGCCGCGGCAGCUCCUCCGGCAUCUGAGGUGAGCUGCUCCCUCGCUGGCUUUUCAGGCUCGGCCGCGGGAAAUCGAUCCAUCAAGAGCCAGCGAGGAAGAGGAGGUGCAGGUGCCUUCAAAGAUGCCCGACCCUAAAAAGCAGCUGGCAUCCCCGUGACCGCCCCAUCUAUACGUAGGUGGUAGGUGGGCACCGAGGGUCUCGGAGGGGAGGAACCCGCCCCUUGCUUUGUGGCAAGAAUUGGCUUUUUAUGAGAAUGGAGGCAGAAAAUUGAGUCAAGGGGAGCCGGAGCUCCCAAAGGCACCUUCAUCUCUUUCCGGCAUCGCUCAUCUCUGCUGGCAGAGGAGCCGCCUUCCGAGCCUGGGGUUUUGCAGGUGUCACACAUCUCGGAUGGCGUGAACUGACCCAUCCCCUCCCAAACCUCCCCGUCCCCGAUGCGAGCUGCUUUUUGGACAAAAUAAAAUCUGACUAUAUUUUAUAUCGAUUUGAAAACGAAGUCUGAUAUUUACCCCUGUUCUCAACUGAAUUUGCAUAUUGUUGUUUGCCACGAUACUUGUUCUGUCUUAAAAUAAAUUUGCUUACUUGUGUAGUCUUAACUGUCUGCUCUGAUUCUUAUAAUCGGAUUUAUUGCCGCUCCCAGGUGCCUGCAUGGUGGCUCUCCUUUGGGUGCUUCCCAUGAAGGCGAGAAGGAAAUCUGCCUGCCCGGGAGGGGAAAUAAUUUCAGCCGAGACUCAGACUAUAAAUGUUUCUCUCUCGGUUAUCUUGCAUUGAUCUCCCCAGGGCUUUUCAAUUUGACGCCCUUUAGUUUUUUUCCAGUCUUUCAUCAUCAGACCCUUCUAUCCGGUAAGUGCGCGACAGAGGAACGGCUGAGCUUUAGCCUGCUUAAUUUAAGAGAUUAAAUUGUUGCUAACUCGUUUCUUGAGGGUAAGUCAUUUCCGACGGCAGUAUUUUGCAUUUGAGAAUGAAGGGAUUUAUGGCUAUGAGCUCGCUGAAAGCAACGAGCAGCCGAAAGCUGUGGGUAUCGGCACCAGCAUCUGACACCAGUUCGGUCUUACGGCACGUUGCGUUAGCGGGAAGCUGGCAUCAGUCAUUGGAGACGUUGCGGCAGAAGGCAGUGUCCUCAAAAGGCUGGAAAACCAAUUUGCACAUGCGUUUCCAGGGACGUAAUCAAAUCAGCCAGUGGGUUCAAUAAAAGGAGUAAGCAAAUAUUCCAGAUUUGUGUGCGUUUGCAAACAAAACCUGUUGCAAGGCUCUCAGGUUUUGAGGGUUUUUUCCCCCCAAAAAAGCUAUUUUUGGAUUAAAAAUGUUGCGGGCUGCUGCAGGAGGGCAUUUUAUAUUCCCUUAAAGAUGUAUCUGUAUCUAAGAGGAACAUUUCAGGGGCGUCCGUGUGAGAGCUUGGGCUGUCACCCUUCCUUCCCAUCGGAAACUGUCCCUGUGCAUAUGUUAUGGCCAUAGAGUCCCUUUUCAGUGAUUUAUCCCCCUCUCCAGGCACUGUCCCCCCUCUCUUUGCUUCUUUCCUCCUCUCUGACCUCUCUCCGGCUUUUUUUCCCAGUUUAUCAAGGUUUUGUAGAUGUUUGCGGCUGCUCCUCGCAGUACGAGCAGCACUGCCUAUGGUGAUGGACGCCGGCACGGGAAGGAGGGAGCAGAGAUGAAUCCCAUGGGGAGAAGCUGGGAACAAGAAGCCUGGCUUUGCGGAGGAUGCUGUCAGGUACGUCUGCCUUCCAACCUCAGCAAAAAUGCAGUGUCUGCGCCCCGAAAUCCUCCUUUGUCGCCUUUUAGCCUCAAAUCGGGGGUCGGUGGGCUCUGCUUAGUCCCCGGGAGUGCCGAGCAUUGGUGCGUCACUCCAAAUUAUGCAGAUUUGCUUCCCCAGCUGAUUUUCGGUGUCUGCACCCUUCCCCGGGGCAGCUCUGCUGGCGCUGCCUCUCCCACGGCCAUGCCACCGCUGUCACGAAAGCGCCGGGGCUCAGCGGCGGGUGCUGCGAAAGAGGUGCGGGGUGACAGGGGGGUGCGGGUCCCUGGCGGGGGGGUGACACAGAUCCAUGCGUGGCACGGGGUGAGGGUACGCGUGGGGGGUAUGGGGUGCCCCGUCGUGGGGUGCAGGGGUCCUGGGAUGCGUGCGGACACGGGUUGAGGGGACACAGGAGAGAACGAGGUGCCCCACAGUGGCAUGUGAGGGGCCCCAGGGUACCCACGCAGCGUGGGGUGAGGGUGCGGGGUAUGGGGUACGCUGCUGUGGGGUGUAAGGGGUCCUACUGCGUGUGUGUGACGUGGGGCGGGGGGGGGGGGGGACGGUUGGGGGCACGUGGGGCCAGGGUGCCCUGCUGUGGGGUGGUGCGAGGAGCCCCGGGUUGCACGUGUAAGGUCCUGGGGGGCUUGGGGUGCACAGGAGACGUGGGGUGGGUGUCGGGGGAGCCUUUGGGGGGGAAAGGGACAGUGGGGGGGGGGGGUCGCGUGUGGGUGCACGGCGGGGCAGGCAGGUCCGCAUCCUCGUGCCCCUGGGCACCCCGAUGCUCCCCUGCACCCUCCCAGGGGUGAGGUGCCCUUUGGGGGGCACCCAGAGCAAGUCACGCCGGGGCCAUCUGAGACCCAUCUGGCAACCCCUCCACCCGUGGAGACAGGGACGGUGCCACCAGGAGCUCUUAUUUUCCAGGGUGGAGUAAGUCCCUGCAGUAAAAGUUGCAGCAGGGGAAAUUCGGAUGGGCCCGAACGGGCCAAAAAAAGAAGGGAAAUUCAAGUAGCUCCUUUUUGCUUCGUGGGUUUUAUUCCCCCAAGCGAGGACAGCUACUAGAAACCGUGUGAUGACUCUAGUCCGAGGACAUGUCCUGGUUUGUGCACCCUCAGCUGCUGACAGAAGAAAGGACUUUACUGAUUUAUUUAUUUUUUCACUGUGUGGGUUUUUUUCCUCUCUAAAACACAGGAAUACACCGCUCUCUGGGACGCAGUGGAUAACCCCUGGCAAUGCCUUCCAUAGGUGGUGGUGGCAGUAAGUAAUUAUUUCUGAUUUGGGUUCCCUUGCGUUUUGUAUCAUGCCCUAAAAGUCCAAGCUUCAGUGGAAAAAUCAGAAAAAUAAGAAAGCAAAGGUACCCAAUGAGUGGUUUAAUGUUACAGAGCCAGCACUUACUUAUUUUUCCGUGGCCUUUUAUGCCACUUUCACCGGCAUUGCCUUUUCAGAAGGUUUUAGCGCAGAAAUUAUUAGAUUUCAGAGAAGGUAGUGGAAAAUCCACUCGCUAAACACUGGAAAGCGCCAGAGGCCGGGGGCUGUUGCCCAGCAGGAUCUCCAGGCAAACAAGCCCCAAAAAAGAGAGAAAACCAACCUGGCACCCCGAGCAAAUCUGCUGUUUCUGGACAGGGAGGUGGGAGUCUGGUACCACCCAAAAUUCAGAGGCCAGAGCUGCCGGCUGCCCCGGCUCCUAACAGAGAUGCUCUCUGCAAAGGCUGCCUUCACCAAGACUUGCACAUCCGCAGCCCCGAGGGGAUCGUUCUUUGGCCCUGAGCAUGUAUUUUUUGAGGCAGCUAAAAGCCUUGUUGGGAAGAAGGAUGUUUUUAGAAAAGGCUGCUGAGGAGGAGAAGAGCCAGCUUCUCUUUGAACUCGACGAGGAGGCCCUGUCCAAACCCAGUGAGGUCUGUCAGCUUAAAACUGGAAAACCCCGUAACAGGAUGGAUAAGAAACAUCAAGCCCCAAUGUUGAGUUGUGAUGAAAGUCCCACCCAGGAAAAUCCCGAUUUCACAUCCUGAUACUUGCUGGAAGAAGCCCACCCUCCGGAUCUCGGGAAGGUGCAGACACUAACGGUGAGAUGUAGGGAGCAUUCUGAGACCCUGAAAAAGUAUUUUCAGAUUUUGCAGGAGGAAGGUGUAAGCACCCUCUUGAUCGCCGAUGAGAACACACUGGGCACGGUGAAGAAAGGCAACCUUAGUACUGCCAUCGUAAAGCCAGAAGCUGUUGAGACCCAUGCUGAGGUGGCCGUGAUGUGUGAAACAGUUCUCUUCCUAAAGAAUUCAGUAGCAAAAAAAGGAGGGGCAGAAAGAUUUCAGAGCUUAUUGUGGUUUGAUUUUUCACUUCUCCCCGAGUUACUUGACUGCCAAGAGCAAAUGGCUUCCUUCUCAUUACUGAAAGAUCAUUGCAGAGAGACCGUGGGAAGAACAGUUGUGUUGGCCAUCACCGGUAGCCAGCUAGACCACAACCACAACCGGUUUAUGGGAUUGCUUGGACGUUUCAAGUCAGCUGCCAGGAAAGAUUUGGGGAAAAUGGCUCAUACCAUGAGAAUGAUGAAGACCAUUGAGCACAUGAAGUUUGGCUGUGCCAGGGAAGGGCACUCGGUCCUCUCGUUGCCCGUCCACCAAAUGCUGAGGAAUUGGAAGAAAAUUUGCUGCUGUGAAAUAAGGGGGACUGUGGCAGCUGACCUGCCCAGCAGCUGACGAGGGAUCGGUGAGCCUCGGACCUCGGCGUGCCACCUCAAACUCCUCUCUUGCCUGCUGGGGAGCAGAGCUGCACUCCGUCUUCUGCACAGAUAAAGCUUUACACACUUCAACCGUCGGAGCAAAGCCACGGCCAGGGCAAGCUAUGCAUCCUGACUCCCGUUUCUUAACCACGUCCUUCCUCCCAGUCCGCCCUGGGAUCUCGGAGGACAUGGCCAGCAGCGAUGACAGCGUGAUCUGGAGGGAACCCCGCAGGUACGCUUCAAAUUUACAACACCCCCUCGGUUUUUGCACAGCUGAGGAUGUGCUGCGCAGCACCCGCAGCACGCCUGGGCCAGUUUUCUCUCCACCAGGCUCACAGCCAACAUCCAGAUCACAGCGUAGCGCCGCAGGCUCCUGCCUUCAUUAAUUUUCUCUCGGUGAGGCUUUUCAAUUUUCCCUGCCGGGGAGUCUGCUGAACAUCCCCCAUUGCUGCCUGGUGAUUUGGCAGGCUCUGUGCCCCGCCACUCCUUUGCAGGGAAAUCUGCGCCUCUUCCCGAGAGCUUGCUCUUCCAAUAAACCACCUCGGGUUGAUCCGAGGACGAUCCUGGUUCACAGGCUGCAACAGCCAUAGGUGCGAAGUUUUGCUGGUCCUUCGCUGAUGCCGGGGACAGGACGCACCAUCUUGGAUCGAUAUCUAAGAAACCUCUUUAGUUCCUGAUAAGGAGCCAAGAGAAAUACAUCUAUUCAAGCUUUCCAUUUAGGCUUUUCCUAUUAAACAUUUUAAUGGUGGUAGGGAAUCAGUAAAUAGAAACAUCACCAAAGUGUAUGCGUACGUGGAUAUAUAAACGUAUGUCUCCGUAUACCGGGAUAGAAAGGGGUUAGCAAGUAGUUACCAGAUAGUCGUUUCCAAUCUAAAACUUAGGAUAAUAAUCAACUUACUAGUUAGCAAGUACAUAAAUAACUAGCUUAACUAGCUUGCUAGCAGCUAGUUAAUGCUGUUCUCUGAUUUUGCUGCAAGACUCGGGGUACGUGGUAUUUCUCCCAACAGGAGUGAUGUGAGACUUCCAUGUUAACUGGCGGUCUUCUUUCUGAUUUUGUUUCCUCGUAUUAAAUAACCAGGAAACCUUAAAAAUUUGAAAGACGUAAAUAAAAGCCACUCGGCAUUUGUUUUAAUGCUGCAUCAUAACCUCCUGAGACCGAGCACGCACUUUUUUUGGUUGGUCUGGACAAGCCAUGGGAUGAUUUUUACAGCGGGUGUUGGUCUCCCUUAUGCUCUUGAAGGCACAUGGCACGUGCUGUCCUUGGGAAGCUCUUGGGUGGUAAGAUUUAUUGUUCACUGCCACGCUGGAGGUUUCGCCUUAUCCCAGGGCUGUUAAGGUCUCUGCUGCAGUGCCACGAAUGUGAGCAAUUUGGUUAAAAAUAACCUGCUGGAAACAAAUGAGCAAAUAAAACAUCCAGGUGUAUGCAAA